CGGUGUGUGUGUGUGUGUGUGUCUGUGUGGGAGCGCGGGUCCGCCUGUCAAGUGUGCGUGUAGGGAGGAAAGGGAGGGGGGCGGCUGCUUACCUCCUCAUCUGCAAAGGGGCGGCUGCUUUCACCCCCCCCACACACCCACCCCACACCCAAUCCCGUCGCCCCGUAACUCUGCUUCCUUCCAGUCCCCACCAAGUUGUUUAUUUGCUUCGCUGCCUGCUGGAGCCAUGGAAGUUGGUGGUUAGGAGGACUCCCAGCGCCCCCACUGGAUACGGAGUGAGGGACUCUCUGAAUUCAAACGGACUUUCUUCUGAUAGACGUGUAUGGGACUGCACUGCAAAAGUAGUAUAAAUCUUAUGUAAUGGUUCCCUCCCUCCACUUUAUCUUCCCCGAGACUUAAAAAAAAAAAGAAAGAAAAAGGACUAUUUGCAAGUAUUAAAAUAAUGGAGCCCAAAGAAUCGUUGAAAUCCACCGGAGGGGAGGAAAGAGGGAAAAGUGCUCACUUUCAUCAAUCCUUUAGGGGUGGUGCUUCUGUCAAGACUCCUGUGUCUACCCUGUCUGCCUCAUCUCAAUCUGACUCCAAGCAACCUGUUCUUUGUGAGUUGCCAAAGGGGUUAGGAAGCAAUGUGCCGCAGCCGGAUCUCUCCAAAGCAGUGUCACUUUCAAUGGGACUGUAUAUGGGUGAAACCGAUACAAAAGUAAUGGGAAAUGAACUUGGAUUUCCUCAGCAAGGCCAAAUCAGCCUCUCCUCUGGAGAAACAGAUUUUAGACUCCUUGAAGAAAGCAUAGCAAGCUUGAAUAAAUCCUCAAGUCUGAUAGAAAGCUCAAAAGGAGUCACAUCUACUGAUGUAUCCCUAGAAUCAGAGUUCCCAGCUAUGACUAGUCGUGAUCUUACUUUAAAUCAAGGGUCUUUAGCACAAGGCCAGGUUGAUAAUAACAGUGGCAACUUGAAGCUCUUUUCGGAAGACCAAAGCACUUUUGAUAUUUUGCAAGAUUUUGAUUUGCCACCAGUGUCUCCUGGAAGAGAAACAAAUGGAAGCCCUUGGAGAAUUGAUCCUGUUCUGGAUGAAAGUAGCUUGCUUUCGCCUCUUGGUGGGGAUGAGAGUUUUCUUUUGGAAGGAAAUGAAAUGGAGGAUUGCAAGCCUCCCAUUUUACCAGACACAAAGCCUAAUAUUAAUGAAUGUGAGGAUCUUUUGUCAAGUUCUACAAUGCAGAUGCCACAAGUGAAAACUGAAAAAGAAGAUUUUAUUGAAUUGUGUACCCCUGGAGUAAUAAAGCAGGAAAAAAUAGGCACAACUUACUGCCAGGCUAAUUUUUCUGGGUCAAGUAUGGUUGGAAAUAAAACAUCUGCCAUUUCUGUUCAUGGUGUUAGCACUUCUGGAGGACAAGUUUACCACUAUGAUUUGAACACUGCGUCUGUCACUCAACAGCAGGAUAAGAAACCAGUUUUCAAUGUCAUUCCAUCUCAUCCUGCUAGUUCAGAAAAUUGGAAUAGAUGCCAGGGAUCUGGAGAUGAUGCCCUUACACCAGUAGGGGCUUUGAAUUUUUCAAACAGAUCUGUCUUCUCCAAUGGAUAUUCAAGCCCUGGAGUAAGAUCUGAUGUGAGCAGUUCACCAUCUACCUCUUCAGCAACUACGGGACCACCUCCCAAGCUUUGCCUUGUUUGCUCAGAUGAGGCUUCUGGGUGUCAUUAUGGUGUCCUGACAUGUGGCAGCUGCAAAGUAUUCUUCAAAAGAGCUGUGGAAGGACAGCACAAUUAUCUCUGUGCUGGAAGAAAUGAUUGUAUUAUUGAUAAAAUUCGGAGAAAGAACUGCCCUGCUUGUCGUUACCGGAAAUGUCUUCAAGCUGGAAUGAACCUUGAAGCACGAAAGACAAAAAAGAAAAUAAAAGGAAUUCAACAAUCCAGCGUGCCUGCAGGAAGGGAUACUGCUGAAAAUCCCACAAACAAAGCUAUAGUUCCUGCCACACUGCCACAGCUGACUCCUACCCUAGUUUCCCUACUGGAAGUCAUUGAGCCAGAAGUGAUGUUUUCAGGCUAUGACAGCACAAUACCAGACACAACUUGGCGCAUAAUGUCAACUCUCAAUAUGUUAGGUGGAAGACAAGUGGUUGCUGCAGUGAAAUGGGCAAAGGCAAUACCAGGCUUCAGAAACUUGCAUCUAGAUGACCAGAUGACUCUACUGCAGUAUUCGUGGAUGUUUCUGAUGGCUUUUGCUCUAGGAUGGAGAUCAUAUAAACAGUCUAAUGGAAGUCUACUGUGUUUUGCUCCAGAUUUGAUCAUUAAUGAGCAGAGAAUGAAUCUACCAUGCAUGUAUGAUCAGUGCAAACGUUUACUGAUGGUUACUAAUGAGUUAGCCCGGCUUCAGGUUUCCUAUGAAGAAUAUCUCUGCAUGAAAACAUUGCUCCUUCUCUCUACAAUUCCGAAAGAGGGCUUGAGGAGUCAGGCUCUCUUUGAUGAAAUUCGUAUGACAUACAUCAAAGAGUUGGGGAAAGCCAUUGUGAAGAGAGAAGGAAACUCUAGUCAGAACUGGCAACGAUUUUACCAACUGACAAAACUUUUGGACUCCAUGCAUGAUGUGGUUGAGAAUCUUCUAACUUUUUGCUUCCAAACAUUUUUGGAUAAAUCCAUGAGUAUUGAGUUUCCAGAAAUGUUGGCAGAAAUCAUCAGCAAUCAGUUACCAAAAUAUUCAAAUGGGAAUAUCAAGAAGCUCCUAUUUCAUCAGAAGUGACUGCCUUAAUACAGAAAGGUUGCCUUAAGAAAAAAAAAAAGUCAAAUUAUAACUUCUUUUUUUAUAAACUAAGAGACUUGUUAAUUUUGUUAUUGUACCUAUAUUAGGUAUUUUUGUUUUUUGUUUUGUAAUUAUGCACUACAUGUGGUUUACAGAGGGCCAAGAUCUAGCUUUCAGAAGACACCUCAACUGAAUGAAUACAAGAAAGAAAAAGAAAGAAGUAUGGCUUGGAAUUUUUCCUCUAUAUAUACCAUCAUGCUGGCAGUAUAGAAUGCAUCAAAAGCAGCAUUGUCAAAUUUGGAAUCUGCAUUGUCAACAUUCUGCUCGGAGUUUCUGCAGUUGGCUGGUUAAAUUUUUCUAGAUUUUUGUUUUGGUAUAGAUUGUUUUGUAUAGUUAAAGUAGCAUUUUUGAUUUAUGCAUGUAACAUGAGGAAAGUUUACAACUGUAUAUCAGAAAAGGGAAGUUGUGCCUUUUAUAGCUAUAACUGUCUGGUUUUAGCAAUUUCCUUUACCUUUAUAUACAGUGGACUAGCUUGCUCAUUUUUUCUUACAUAAUUUUUGUAAAACUUCAAGAUGCCUAUUGUACAGCUGUUUUUAAAGUGGGGCAGCUCAUAGCUUAAUGACUUCUAGAUAAUGAACUUCAAGUAUAAUCAUAUGAAUAUAAGGUGGCUUGUCUAAUAUGACUGUCCUAAUAACCCUUCUAAAUUUGGCCUAUAAUUCAGCCUUCUUCAGUGGGGAAUGAGGAUUGAAAUGUAUUCCAAAUCUAACCUGAACACUGGAAUUGCUUAUUUUUUGAUAUUGGUCAUGCAUGUUCUGUGAGCUACUAGAAAACUAGCUUUGUCUUAAACAAGUGUUAAUGAACACAAACAUUUUUUAAAACAGCCUAGAUAUUUGCAUUUAAUGCAAUAGCCAUAAUUGUAAGAAUCUUGGGCUGGAUUGACAUUAAAAAUAUCAGUCUUGAUUGCCCAUCAGGAAACUUUCAGGAAAAUAUGCAUUAUUGUUUAAAAGUUUACUUAUACAUGGAGAAAUUAACUUUUUCCAUACACAAUUAUUGCCAUAUAAGUGUGUACUCCAAUGUGUAUCAGUGUAUAUUAUAUAUACAAUGGCCACAAUCCAGAGCAGCUAUAACGUGCAUAAAAAAAUCAAUGUGCACAGAAAUUGGCAUAUCUGUUCUCAUUGGACACUCAGACAUAGCAGAACCUGUUCUUUUAAAAUAUGUAUGUAGAAAAAAAAACAGUAUUGGUAGCCUAUUCAUAUUUUUCAGAACAAAUAACAGAUUUACCUCUUGGGAUCUCAGAAUUGGUAGAUUCUAAAGGGAAACCUCUUCCCUCAAAUGUGAUCAGAACUGCUGGAAAGUAGGGUGAAAAGUUUCAGACUUAAUAUGAUGGGCAGUGCAUAUCCAGUGGAUUAGGAGUCUACACCCCACCUAUUCUUGCAGUAGCUAUGUUAAUUCCCAAUAAAGCAGUUCAGCAAGCUGAAAAAAGCCAGUUUCUGUUGUUAGAUUGCACACUGGAUUGAAGGCAAAUGUAUACAAAACCUGACUCCAUUUUAAGUUAGAAAUUGAUGACUACAUUUCUCUGUGCGUGUAUGGGUGAUAUACACACAUACACACAUACAUAUACAUACAUGCACACACAAACACAUAUACAUACAUUAUAUAUAAAUACAUAUAUAUAUAUAUAUAUAUAUAUAAACCAGGAUUUACAAAAUAAUUGUACCUCUACCCUGUAUAUGUUUCUAAUGGUUCUUAAAAGAUUUUAAUUCAAAUAAGAUUUUUAGCUUUAUGCAGAAAAGAAAAUAGACCAUAUUACAAGAAGAAGAAAAAAACUUUUAUGGAAAAUUAAAACCCCAAAUUUGUAUAAGGCUUCACUUCCGUUUUUCACUCUCUCGCUCAAGUGAACCAAUCUGGAGAACACCAAGAUUCCACUGCUGAUUUUGUGCUUUAGAAUAGUACUUGGUCUCUGUACAGCUCCAGUCCUUCUCUAUCAAACUCCUAGUGUGCCAUAAAACAACCAUAUAUGUCUUGUGAUUUUUUUCCCUUGUUGUUUUAAACAGUUUGUAAGCUGUAGUAGCCCAUCCUCCGAGCACCUUAAGAAUUUUCAGUAAAUUAAAAUACUAUGCCACUCUAAACGUUAAAAACAAAACAAAAAAUAUUUUAAGUGGCCAAAAUAAAACAAGAGGUAUAAGUGCUUAACAAGAAUUAACAAUCAUAACAUGAUAUGUUACUAAUACAAUUUUGUUUAAUACUUUCAAAUGUAUAGAAUCUGAUAGUGUUUGAAGAAAAAGAAGGAAGGGCUAAUACAGCUUUAAAUGCAGUUUAUCAACUUAUUGUAUAAUAGCUUGUAUAGUGUAUCAUAAGAAAGGUUUUUAGAUGACAGAUUGCUUUAUCAUGACACAUAUAUUUUUUCUAGGGGUCACAAAUGUGUUGAUAUGGUAACCCAUAAAAAUGUGGUUUGUCUGGAAGUAUUAGUCUUCACAGCAUUGUGCUGCAGUAUCUAAGAGGUACUCUAAUUUUAUUAUGUAUUUCUGUUAUUUCACUUUUCCUUAUUGUUCUAAAUGAACCUAUCCAUAUUCAAUGGAAGCUCCUGGGAUAGAAAUGUAAAUCCAUUAAACCAUUGUAGGAAAAAAAGGGUUGGAAAUUAAGUAUGAUAAUCCAACCUAUGUGUUUGGUUCCCCCACAUUCCCCAAUUGAAUCUGCAGAAUCUGGGUGGGUUAUGAAAGCCCUACAUACAUACACAAAUACACACAGACACAGACAAAACACACAGAAGAAGAAAAAAUGAAUUAGUGGCUCAUGUAUGCCUUAGCCUAUAUGUUCACACCACCAACCUGUGUGGAUUACGUUUAAAUAUUCUUUCAUUGAGUAAAGCAAAGCAGACCAAUUUUGCAAUAAAAUGCAUAUAGGUACCAGCAAUAUGUAAAUAUAGAUCAUAGUUUGAACAAAGUCAAAUACAUUUCUAAUUAUUCAACAAAAUUGCUCCUUGUAAAACAAGAGAUUUUACCUGAGCAAUUUUUUCUUGUCUUAAUCCUCUUUAAAAAUGUGAGGCUUAUAAAUGAAAAUCUCCUGAGCGCUGCAUUCAAUACUUGGGAGUAAAAUAGAAAAUGUAAUGAAAGGAAAGAUUUUUCUUUAUGGUAUCUGUGCAGCUCCAGAGUUAGGAGCUGUGAACAGCUGCUGUGAAUUUUCUCAAAACAGCUGACUAGCCCUGAGAUGCAGUUGCAAAAACCACAGAAUGGAAAGCAAAAGAGAUGCCCCUUUCACAUAAUCCUCUUCUGACUAUCGCACAGGGAAAAUAGCUUUCUCCAUCACCAGUUGCUUAACCAUGGUUUAUUGAAUAGACCAGAGUUUGCUUGGUUCACCUAGAAAAACCAAGCCAUGUUUCCUUGAUAUCCCUGUAUGGGUUUACAAAGCCUACUAAGCCACAGAGAAACCACAUGUUAGAAUAGCAUUUUGUGUAAAGCCAGCAUUCUGCAUGAUUUUCUCUUCAGGUGCUAUUCAUGUAGCAGUUCCAAGUAUUACUGCUCAAGUGAUAAUUUACAAGAUACCCUGAAACAGGCACAUAAUCUGUGCUACUGAAUAAGCUUGUAAACAUUUACAUGUUUAGCCAUUUACUUAAGCAUCAGUGAAUAUUUUAACAAUAGUAUGCAAACUAUUGAAAAUCUAUUUUGACUGUUUUUGGUUAACACUAACAGGUUUCAGUAUUUACUUUCAAAAAUGCUCCUGGAAGGAUAACACACAAGGAUACCAGAAAUUAUACAUGUAUUAAAUAUUUUCACCCCCACUGCAAAGUUUAAGAAAGCUAGGAAUGUGUGAUUAACAAAUACGUGUGUGUGAGAUGAUGGUUUACCAACAAAAGUGAGGUAUCCUGUGUCUGUGUGAAGACAAAGUCUGGGUUGGAAAGAGGCUUUUAUUCUAUGUAAAAUAUUUGUUGAAUUUAUGAAUUUCUUAAACAUAGAAAUGCUGAUUUUAGAAAAUUUCAGUUUAAAUGUGCUAAAUGAUUUUAAACAAAAGCCAUUUAAAUAUAUAAGCAUUUAACAAAAUGUGAUUUUGUUUGGCUAUUCUUUUUUGUGCUGUGGGAAAUCAGCACUGCAAAUAAAACAGGGAAAAUUAUGACUUCUGUCUCUUCAGUGCCUUGCCACAUCAUGCUGACCUGGAAAUGAUUUGGAUAGCACUAAAUAUAAAUGUGGUAUGCUAACAUUUCGCAAGGUCAUUGGUAGGAAUAGUCUUUCAUAGAAUAUAUUCAGGCAUUGGAGAGAUGAAAUGCUAAAGUAAGGAAGAGCUUAUUUGGCUAAUAUCCUUAUUUUAACUUUUACUACCUGUUGAAGUGAUUCCUAAGAAAAUGUUUAUGAUUAAUAUGCCAAUCUUGCCAAUCAGAUUAAACUAAAAGUACAUUUGAUAGGGGGGGCAAUCAGAGAAAUAUAAAAUGAACACAAAUAUGGAAACAAGUGCCAACCUACCUUUAAAAACAGAGCUUCUAAGAUUCAUAAUUUCAUAUUAGGACAGGGAAGAAGGAUAAGUCAGGGAAUGGAGAGACAAGAUGUGUUGUUAUAAUCCCUAUGAAUAGAAUUUGAAGUUAUGGGCAUUGCCUAGAAACAUCAGAAUCAUACGAUUUGUUUCAAAAUGUUUAUUGGAUCUUAAUUCUUAAAUCUUAAUGGAUCUUAAUUCUUAAAUCUUAAUGGUGGUAUAGAGUCCAUAUUAUGACGCAAGGUAUUUAACCCUUCUAUACUCUGGGGAGGGGAUGAGCUUUGAUGACCUAACUUGGAUCAAAUAGCUUUCACACAGCAAAAAUACAAAAUUGUGUGACUUUAUACAGGAGUGCUUGUGCAGGCAUGUAUUUUGUGUUUAUAAUUCCUGUAGACUUUCCAGAAGACUUUGAACUGCAGAGAAAAAUGCACAUAUUCCUUCAAACUGAAUGUUGGAUUCAGAAGUAUCAUUUUAUCUGCAGAAGGUGCUCCUUUUAUUUUGUGCCAAAGGAAAGUGAAACAGUCCAAAGAUUUUUUUUCCCCUUGCAUAAGUACAGUAGAAGCCAAGAAGUCUGUAGAAAUUGCCCUUUAGACCGCUGCAUGCAUGCUUCCUUCCUUUUGUACUUGUGUAUAAGCCUUUGCAAAACUGAACCAGUGACUAUUUUCAUUUCCUCUCUGUUCUGAAGAGCCACCCAAAUGUGGAAUCAUUCAUUUUAAAAACAUGUAGGCCUAAUUAGUACUGCAGUUUCAUAAAGUAAAUAUUGUGCAUUUCCUUCAUUUCUGCCCUUAUCGCUCUAAUAACCUUUUAAAAUUUCUCUCUCUCUCUCUCUCUCCCUCUCUCUCUCCCUCUCUCUCUCUCUCUCUUUCACACACACACACACACAUACAAGAAUCAGAUCACAAAAAUAUUAGAUUUAUUGUAUUAAAUGCAUGGAGCUGAAACAGCAGGGAUGGAAAUAUACUUUCUUCAUGGUUCUUCGAAGUCUGUUGAGAUACCUCUGAGUGUAGUAAGGUUAAGACCAAUAAUUUUUGAGAAGGGGUGGCAAGGCCCUGGUGGCCAAGCCACUUUAAUUUGAAGCAUGCACUUGAGUAUUUUAUAGAAAGGGACCAGAAUUUUCACCCUCUUUCAUAUGCAAGCCUCACCUACUGCCUGGUUCACACUGAAGUGAAUUAGGCUGUUCUGAGUGUAUCUACAUUUUUAUGCUAUUGCUGUUACACUGAAAAAUACUUUCAGGCAAGGCAGAGCCUCAUAUUGGGUGUUUUUUUAAAAAAAGAAAUUAAGGAUCUUUUGAGGCUUUUCUGAUAAAAGACCACAUGUAAGAAAAUUGUCACCUCCCACCCACUCCAACCAACAAAGUUAAUAGCACGGAUUCAACAGUUUGUCAACAUUCUAUUUUGUAUAUUAUACAAAAAUAUAUAAUGGGGACAAAUGCUAUAUUAUGCUGGUGUAUGGCAUUAAUUAAAAAAAAGCUUUUUCAUUAUUUUUAUCACAGUAAUUUUAAACAGUGUAAAAAGAAUUAAAACAAGUGACUCCUGUCUUAAAAGAAAAGUUGUAGUUUUUUAUUCAUGCCGAAUAACUGUAGUAACAGUGUCUUUCAACAUAAUCAGUGAAAAAUGUUGGACUGUAAAAUCUUGUGUGGAAUUGUUAAGCAUUUAUUUUCAUUUUAAAUUUUGCUGUUCUGGUAAUUCAAAGCCACACGUCUGUACAGAAGCUGCCGUAAAUGUAAGCCAUUUACAGCAAUGCUGAAUAAUGGACAAAAUGACAAUAAAAUUCUGCUUUUUCAUUACAUGUUCAAA